CGAAUGUUUGUUUACAAAAUCGUGACGAGCCAAACCCAUUUUGAUUUUCUAUGUUUAGAGAUCAUUAUAUUAUUGUUUAACUUCAAAACAGACUUGCAUCAUAGAGAUUUUUUAUUGCACAAACAAUGCUAUUCUUAGUAAUAUCAAUCAAGUGAAAAACCCACAAGAUCUAAAAAUAAAAUAGCUCGUUAAACUAUUUUACCCCGUUUCUUAACCAGCCUAAACACAAGUUGAAGUUCGAGUCUAAUAAAUAGCGCAUUGAAACAAAACAAAGAGACAGGCUGCAUUUACCACCCUGUACAUGAAGACUACAUCUAACAAUCCAGCAUAAGCCAGCAGCUGAGUAAAAAUGAAAUUCAAAACUGUUCUUGAAGGACAACAAGCAGUGGUGUUUAAUUAUCUUGGUGAAGGAAGACUCAUCAAGGGUCCACAAAGGGUAUUUCUAUACAGAGAGAGGCUCCAGUAUUUAAAGAAACACACAGCAGACCCUUACCAGUACAUUGUUGUGAAGGAUAAGGAUGGGCUGGUUCAACACACACCUGGUCCCUGCUUCAUCUUUAACAAUCCCCUUCUUUAUGAAUUGGUGACAGUGAAAGAGAGCACAAAGAUUGACGCCAAUCAUCUGAUUGUUGUGUACAAACGUUUGAAGGACUCUGAUGUGCAGAGGAGAAUCGUUCAAGGUCCCACUGUGUUUGUUCCAGAGGCUGAGGAGUGGAUACAUACAUUUACUUGGCAUGGCACAGAUCCACAGAACAAAGCCAGAAUGAUCCCUGGGCAUAAUACAUUCCAGAAACUGGCUGUGAUUCCAGACCAGUUUUAUUAUGAUGUCAGAGAUGUGAGAACACAAGAUGACACUAUGAUUACAGUUAAAUUAAUGCUGUUUUAUGAAUUGAAAGAUGUGACAAAAAUGCUGAAUACAACAACAGAUCCUAUUGCAGACAUGAUGAAUGCUGUUUGUGCAGAUGUCAUUGCAUUUGCUGGAAAAGUUUCGUUUGGAGAGUUUUUGAGCAAGACCCAGAACCUUAGUAGCCUUUCAACCUACCCACAGCUGGUCCAGAGAGCUGAAAAGAUUGGCUACAUCAUUCAGAAAGUUGUGUAUAGGGGAUACCAUGCCAGUGAUAAUCUGCAGAUGAUGCAAAAUUCUGCCAUUGAAUCAAGAACACAGCUUCGACUAGAAUCUGAAAUUGAGGAACAAAAAUCCAAGCUAGAAAAUUUUAAACUGGCUAAAGAACAAGAGAGAACUAAAUUAGUACAUGACAUGGAGAAAGCCAAACAAGACCACAAGCAGAAGAUAGCAGAGCUAGAACAAGAACACAAACUAGAACUACGCGAGAUGGAGCACCACAAAAUGCUGGAGACUUCAUCUUUAUUCACCAAGGCAAAACUAGAUCUGAGUUCAGCAGAAAAGUCCUGGGAAUGUGAAUUCCUGAAGAAGCUGGAUGACCUAAAUGUCAACUUGACAGAUUAUCUUGUGACUCAGAAUGGCCCUCCUGUAGCCGAGGAAAUUCGACUCAUAAAUAUGGACACAAAUAACACAAAAGUCUGACACGUCUUUUGAUUGCUUUUAUCUUUAGAUGUUUACCUGUUUAUUUAAAUUGGGUCCCAUUUUAUAAAAUUUAAAAACUGAAUUUAUUUUGCCGUGGAUGUUUUAUAUUAGAGGAAUAUUUUUUUUUUAAGAAACAUGUUUUGAGAUUUUUAUUGAUUUAUUUUGAUGAAGAUUUUACAGGGCAUGAAUAUUAUGAUUUGCAGUGCCUGGAUUUGCUUUAAUAUCUAAGAUGAUCUAGAACUGACAUAAGUCUUGUAUAUGUAACAUUAUUUUCCCUUGUUAUUCCAUAGACAUUAAUUUGCAUAUGACACAGUCAUGUAUGAAGUGUAUAAACGAGCAAAGUAACAACUUUUUUACAAUAUUAUAAAUCCAUAAAAGUGACAUUAUGCAUAGGCAUAGAAGUUAAUAUUACAAUAAACAUAUUUUUUCUUUUUUUCCAUGCGGUUUUGAAAUAACCUUUCGAAAAUUGCAAGCUGUCAGAUAUGGGGUUCUUAUGUUGUACAUGUAUGUUGUAUGUGGUGUGGAAUAUGAGAUUGAAUUAGCAUUAUAAUUAGAAUCUAUCUAAUAUCUAUAAUAAUUGUGAAAAUGUUACCUUGACUUAGAUCUUUCUUGAGAAUUAUUGUGUCUUUACUUCGAACUGUGAUAUUUACAUACAUUUAUAUAAAUGAACCAGCAUAGUUUAAUCUUUCCUAUUUAU